GGAAGGCAGAGGGAGCAGUGGGAAGGUUGUCACUACUGCGAUGCAUAGCACAUUUCCGUGGAUUCAGAGGUCAGCACUGAAGCACAGAUGUGUGAGAAGGAGAGGCUGAGUGAGGGGGAGAGCUGUACGUGUGACUAUUUAUUCCAUGUCUACAAAAACUUUUAUGAACUUGGAGCUGGGCCCUGAAUGUCUUUGGAAGAGGCGUAGUCACCAGCUCUGCUUUGUUUCCAGCCUUCAUUCAGGCUGUGAAUGCUGUGAAAAUAACCAGCUUCUGCUGUGAUGCAGCCACACUUCAGCUGUGAAACACAGUCAGGGUUUCUGAGCCGCUCUCUGAGGAGGUGGUUUUUAGUUUAUGAGCCACGUUCUGCCCCCAAGUGACAGGACUGCAUUUCUCUCCCUGUGUAGCAAUGCGCCCAAGGGGCUGGGACCCCAGGAAGGUCCUGUCCAGGAACACCCUUUGCAGUUAUCACCCUUGUUGGUAAUUAGCACCACGUCUCUGCUUUUCUUGCACUACUGCCAGCAGAAUGUUACGCUUCUCUUCUCCCUACACCACACAGAUCUUCUGAAACAUUAUGAGAUGCGGCUGUGAGUACAGCCAGCCACCAGAGGAAAUUGCCCCCAUGGUAACCUUUGAGACAGGCUGAGUGACAAAUAUGAUUAAUCAGGGUAAAAAACAGCAAAGAAUAAUUGUUACUGGGAUUUGGUUUGCCAAAAGGAAAGCACUGUGCAGUGUGACGCAGUGGGUCAGCUCUCCUGUGGGUGGAAGUCAGUGCAGCUGCAUAGAGUUUAGCGGGUGUGUACCACAGCUUCACAUAGGUCUGUGCCUUUUCCCUAAAGUCUCCUCAUCCCCAAAACUACUGCUUACUGGGGAAAAAACAUCUGCUAUUUAAUGUACAGACAGCUUCAAAGUGUCACAGCUGAGAGUUACCCUGGAAUGGUCAGAGGGAUGGGGCAAAAAGAAGCUCCACUGAUGGUCUGUACAGGCAUAAAUCGUAACUGGCAGCGAGCAGCAAAUAAUGAGCACUGAUCUAUAUGUGCAUGCAUGAUGAAAAAUACUAAAUUUCCCAGACAAAUACGAUUGUUAGUAAUGUCAGAGUGCUGCGGGGAGCCCCUCUUCCUCCUAGCAAGGUGAUGAAUCAGUUGGGGUAUGCAGUUGUUGCAAGUGAAGUCAUAAGUUUGCGUGCUGAACAUACCUUGUGUGCUUGGUGAUAAUGGCAUAUGGGAGGCAAAUAAAUAACUGUGGUUACGCCCAGGUUUGUGAGAAAGCAGCUCCCUUUAUGAGCUGAAUCCAUGCCACGUGUCUGAUACAAAGAUAGAUGCGUAGCGCAGGGUGAAAAGUGUCACAUGGCUCUGUCUGUGUGUGGCUCCACUUGCCACACUGCAGGUAGACACAAUGGGAGUGACGCAGAGCUGAACAAAUCCUGCUCUGGGUAAUGAAUAACUUGAAGACAACAGCUUGGGGUCAGGGUUUGACCCACUAUGAGGAGCACCAGGCCUAUGGAUGUGGCUGUGUGAUGCAUUGGGAAGCACAAGGGACAGGUCACGCUUCCACCAGACAGGAACCAGCCCAAGGGAGCUCUGCACAGAGCCAGGAACACAGUAGCUCUGUGUGAAAUCAUCCCAGGCCUUCCCGUGGCACCCAGCUACAGAGCUGUCCCAGCCACCCAGGGCAGAACUCAAUGGCUGAGACCUCUUAGAGGCAUGUAAUCGAGUCAUACAAUCAUUAAGGUUGGAAAAGACCACUGAGAUCAUCGAGUCUGCUUGGAGAUCAUGGCACCCUUCACAGCCUUGCCGUGACGAUGUGAUGGUGGAUGCUACUUGUGUGCUGUGCUGCUGCACUGUUCCUGCAUCGGCCCCAAACCUCGGGCAGAGAAGUGCAGGGGCAGUGAUGGAGGAGGAAGCGCUGCACCAUUUUGUGACUCCUUCCAGCUGUCCCAGGGGCAGGCUGCUGCUUAUUUUUAGCUCCUGAGGUAGCUGAAAUACCACCGUGAUAUUCAUUAGCCGAAUCCCCGUCGGAUGGGAGCUGCGAGGCGGGCGCGGGGGUGACGCUUGGUCUGGUUUGUUGUGCUUGAUUUAAUUGCUCGCCUCAGUACAGACACAGUGUGUGGCAGGAGGCUCGGUGCCUCUCACCUCGGGAAAAGGGGGAGCGCCAGGCCCGGGGGAGGCAGUGAGGGAAAAGUCAAUCAGGCAGUAUUUAAAAACCUACCUGCUGGGCCCAGGGGAGGCUGGAGGUUUUAAUGUCAUUCCCAGCAUGAGACGCAGCCUGGAGAGCGAGAAGAGAAAGGGGUAUCUUCUCUUCUUGGAUCCCUAAUUGCUUGUUAAAUCACCUAACAAAUGCAGGAACCCAUGGGCAGCCCAUGCUCCUUGGCAGAGGGGCUUUAUCCUCGGGAGAGGGGAGGGGUAUUUUUAAAAACACUCAUUUCUCUGCUUUUCCUGGGUGUACAAAAGUGAGAGUCGGAUCAUUGGCUCAUCAAAACAAAACCCAGCCACCAGUGCUGUAUUGCUGCUAGCAGGGGCACUGUGCUUGCCAUUCCCUGCGCACAGCUCUAGUGCUGUGGAAAGGAGCCCUUCUGUCCCAAAACGAGACUUCUGGUGACUGCAGGGCUGCUAGCUGCUGCAGGUGCUCUCCAUUCACAUCUCCCAGAGCAACCCUUGCCCAGCGAGCUUAGCCCCACUGCUGGCCCGCACAGACCUGGUGACCGUGGCCUCGAUGCCUGUCCCUGCCAGCUCCCAUUCUGUCACUGCCAUCCAUCAACAUCCUCUGCUCAGAGCCACUGAGUUACGCCGCAGGGGACUGCCGCACAUCCCCAUAGAGGAAAAAGGGAGGCAGCUCUUUCCCAGCACACUGGCUGUGACGUUCCCUCUGAUCCCGGCGCAAAGCAAUCCCCAGCUAAGCCCACAAAGGGCAGAAGCAGCCCAGGCUCUGCCCUUUACAGCUGGAGAGCUUCAGAUCUGCUUUGCCAUCUCAGACGGAUGAGCUGAUCUGUGACUUACACCUGUAAAUCCCACCUGCUACAUUUGAGGUAACACAGGAGAGAACUCCUCCCUCCCUGAACGAAAGCAGUUUGCUGCAGCACGGUUUGGAUACCUUGUAAAGCACGCAGUCCAUCUGAAGGCAGUGGGGUGCCUGCGAACCGGCCCGCAGCACUGAGCUGACCUGCCUUCAUCAGGUUGUGUGCUGUUCAGAACCACUGCAAGGAGAGGAAUUGCAGCUGUAGCAGGGCAGAAAAGCCGUGCUCAUGGUUUAUGAAUAUUCACUGGGCUCACAAAGCACUCCGGGGCAGAAAACAAGCUUUGAAAUUAACUGAACCCUUCAAGGUUCUUCGAUUGCCUUGGCAUUGAGGUGUGAGUCACCAAGACGGCUUCUCUAAAAUGAGCAGUCUGUAUGGAGGGCUAGGAGGAUUUCUGGGCAGGAAAAUACGAAGUCAAGUGUUCUGUGAAAAUAUCUUUAUGUUCAUAGUGUCUUCAAAGCACAGACUCCACCCCAUUAAGUUUUAUGGGAUGUUGUCACCAUACGGUACUGAGACUUCUGCAGCCUAUAAGGAUUUGAUGUUCUGUGGACUUGAAGCUCUUUCUCUGAGUAUAGAACUCUCCAGCAGCUUCUGUCUCCAGUGCCAGCAGCUCGGUGCCCUGCGAUUUUUGAGCAGUUUCAAUAAAUAGAAGCUACAGGAGAAGAGCUUUGACCCUGGGCAUGUAGUUUGUGUCAUACCUGUUGCCUUCCCCAUCCAUACACCUCAGCUGCUCCCAGCUGCUGGGAGAGAUACUGGUCCCUUGGUACCUGAGAGCUGAGUCAAGUGGGACACGAGGCUGGGAAUGUAUGGGAACAGAAAUAGGGAGCUACCAAUCGGACGUAAGGAAAGAUAAUGAGACAAGGAGGCUGUCUUCACUAGUUUGCUGUAAGCACACAAUGCAGGAUAAAUGCUCCUCUUUGCCAAUUAAUUAUAAUGAUAAUAAUUAGUUUCAUUUCAGGUAGCAGAAAGAUGAGACUUUUCCAUUUUUUUUUCUUUUCAGUUUAGAAAGCAAUGAAAGAAAAACUCUGCAGGUUAGCCAGCAUCCCUGGGGCUGUGGGAGCCUGUGGGGUGGGUGGGCUACCCACUGCAAAGCAAACCUGUGGGUCAGGAUUUGGGUGUCCUGCUUGACAAGCAAGUGAAGCAUCAGCCGCUGUGGGCCUCUACAGCAGGACUGCACUCAGCUGCUCUGAGGCUGUCUAGACAUUCCCAUCCUAAGUCUGAGACAUCUUCCAGACCCGAGCUGUGUCAGAACAAUAUCCUCCAGGAAAAGUUGCUGUUCCAGUGAAUCAGAUUUUUCUCACCAGAAAAGAUUCCAUCCGAAAGUCACCAGCUGGCCCUGCCCUCCCCGCCAUACUCCCGAACCACAGGAGAUUCCUCUCCAUGUGAGUCACAAAGCAGUGCAGACAGCCAAGGUGUUAUGUGUUAGCAUGAGUUAGCCCUGGAGCAGCGAUGGGCGCAUAGGAAAUAGCAGGAAUUCAGAAGAAGCAAUAAGGCAGCAUCUGAAAAGAACUGCUUCUGAAGCCUUUCUGCUGUCCUGUGUGAUACAGAUGGUCUCUGCUUCAGCAAGGUUACAUGCUCAGUAAAACGGAUUCAGUACAGCAUAUGCAUCACUUCGGCUGAUGCCAAGAUGGUCUGCGAUGUUGUAAGUCGGAUGGAGGACACAGAGCCCUUCUCUCCAGAGCUGCUGUCAGCUAUGAUGAGACUGUGGGCAGACUCUGGGAUCCAGGAGUGCUUCAACCGGUCCCGGGAAUAUCAACUCAAUGACUCGGCCCAAUACUACCUAGACAGCUUAGAUCGAAUCGGAGCUGCAGACUACCAGCCCACGGAGCAGGACAUCCUUCGAACCAGGGUCAAAACAACUGGCAUCGUAGAAACCCACUUCACAUUCAAAAACCUCCACUUCAGGCUCUUUGAUGUCGGAGGGCAGCGGUCGGAACGCAAGAAGUGGAUCCACUGCUUUGAGGACGUCACGGCGAUCAUUUUCUGCGUGGCGCUGAGCGGCUACGACCAGGUGCUCCAUGAAGACGAAACCACGAACCGCAUGCACGAAUCACUGAAGCUGUUUGACAGCAUCUGCAACAACAAGUGGUUCACAGAUACGUCCAUCAUCCUCUUUCUAAACAAGAAGGACAUAUUUGAGGAGAAAAUCAAGAAAUCUCCACUGACUAUCUGCUUUCCUGAGUACACAGGCCCCAGCUCCUUCACCGAGGCAGUGGCGUACAUCCAGGCGCAGUAUGAGAGCAAGAACAAGUCUCCCAACAAGGAGAUCUACACACACAUCACCUGCGCCACUGACACCAACAACAUCCAGUUCGUCUUCGACGCCGUCACGGACGUCAUCAUCGCCAACAACCUGCGGGGCUGUGGACUCUACUGAGGCCUCAGCAGACAGGUCCCCCUCCUGCUUCCCCUCCUUGGAGGGCAAUGAGGAAGGAACACAUGAACCCUUCCCUCUGCCCAGAACUGCAGCGUUCCACCUUCCCCAGCCCCCUCCUGGCUUAUUUGGGUUUAUUUUCGGUGAAUUCCCCUCACUGCCUCUUUCUGCUCCUCUGUUCCCAUUCGCAGUGCUAUAGAAGGAGCUGAUGCAUUUCCCACAAAGUGCAUUUCAACUGCCAAAAAACAGUAAUACCCCAUUUAAAAAAUAAUAGUAAUAAUCAAAGCCUUAAAAUAUUUGCCAGCAACGGCGUAGUUUGAAUCCAAACCCUUUUUUUUUUCUCUCCUUGAAAUUAAGGGAUAUUUGUAACGCUCUGUUAUUUAUCUCUUCCAAAAUUGCCAUCUCCUGGGCAGCAGCAAAUUGUUUUGAUCCCAUGGCUCCAGCUCCUGCCCCAGAAGCCCCAGGAAGAGCCCCAGCAGCCCGGCUCUGUGCUCGCCUCUCUAUCGGUGACACAGCCACCGGGGCCCGAGUGAGACUGGCACAGUUACAGCACCUCCUAAGCAUUGCCUAAAAUUGUUGCAGAUUAUAACAGUUUUACCUCAACAUUUUCAGAAUUAAUGUUAAGACCUGCCUGGUGCUCCCAGUAAAGUGGCUCCCGUCCCCAGCCCUGUUGUGCUUUGUUGGGUCCCAUGUGGAAUGGCUAUAGGGAAGUGCUGAUGGAGGGGACUUCCCUGUGUGCCUGGGAGGAUGUGUCCCAGCCAGGGCUCUACGCAUGUCAUGGUGGCCCUGGGGAUGCUGGUGGCAACCCACAGCCUUUUGCCCCACAGUGCCCCAGUGGGGACUGCAGAGAGGUGUCCCAGAACCCUUCCAGACUGACUGCAGUGCUGAUGUUCCUAACUUCAGCCCUGGAACACCAGAAAUAUUCACACUGGUCUCCUGCAGCCAGGCUGUACCUGAAAGGCAGGGAGGUGCUUUUGGAAGCCCCAUUGGAAGGCAGCAGCAGCUGGUGGAUUUGUUACCCAUGCCCUUGCAUCCUGGAGGGGUGACUUCAGAGUUAAUGUCCCCAUUAGGUCACCUGCCAACCAGCAGGUGGGGAAGGUUGACCUGUCUGCUUUGUGGGAAGGGAGCUGAGCUGAGCUGAGUGAUGGAACAGGAAAAGUGCAAGGAGGGGAAAAGGGGGGAGAGCAGGGGACAGGUGAGUGGGGAGUGGCUGGGGAGCUCAGAGGUUGGAGACAGAAGUUGCAAAAGGACAGUAAGGGAGGUGGAAGCAGCAGGAAGGAGGAGAGACUAAAGAGCUGAAUGUUAGUUCCAAGUGAUACCUUAAGUGUAAAUAACUACCAGCUCAAGCACAGAGCACCUCAUGUGCAGAGUGGCCCAGUGCCUUCACCAGCAGCAAGGCUUUAUUAAGCUCCAUCAGCAGAAUCCACUCAGCAGCACGUGGGGUUUGGAGAUGCGCUGUUUCCGCCCGUUACUGUGCCUGACAUUUUCUCCACCAAGUCACAGAGGCUGUCUCCAGUGAAGGCAGCACCAAACCAAAGCCUCAGGAGGGUCCAGCAUGGAGCAUGCAAGGAUAUUUUGGGGAAGAAAGUGUGAAUUAACCCUGGAUGUGGCUGUGUCACCACUCCCCGGUGACUGUGUGCCCUGCUUAGGGCUGAACUGGGGCAGCCCAAGUGCCAGCCCAGGCAGUGUCCCCAGGCUGGGAAGUGGGGGCAGGAAGCUGUGCUGCACAUGGAGCCUUUCCUGUCCUUUGGCAUUUUGUACAUCUAAAGCUCCAUUCUAGCUGCUGCUGCUGGUGUUCUGUUACCUCCUUCCCAACAGAUGUGCCUUCUGGAGGCAAUGCUCCUCUGUGGGGUACCAUGUACAGGGCACACUGAGGUGUCCCAGCAGAAGGGGAGAACCUGGUGCUUCUCUGUAUGCAGCGACAGGACCGGGUGCAGGGAGAUGGCAAAACUCCAUCAGCUCCCUUAACUGAAGAGCAAUUCCAAAGACGCAGAACCCCACAGGAGGAAAAGCUUUCCGGGGGCUGAUAGCAAUAAGCACACACCCACAAGCACACCUGAACGCACAGCCAUGUGCUCCAAAGGCCACAUCUCCUGAGCCCUUGGGGACCCCCUCAGAGAGUGCAGCACAGCCAUGCAAACGACCCCGCAGAGAUAGGAGCUCUGGCAGCACAGCACCCAGCGCCCCGCAGUGCCUUCACCGUGACCAGAGCAGCCUCAGCCCUCCACCUCGUGCACAGAGUUGAAAGAGGAACCCCACCCUACUAAAACCCCACUCCCAGUGCAACACCCUCUCCCUGCUCCUCUUUUUCCCCUACAGCUCAACAUGGGAGCAGUGACCGUCACCGCGGCUCUGGGCGCUGUCCCGUCCUCCCAGCGGAUCGCUGAGCCGCUCCUCCUGCAUGUCUGAUGGCCCCGACCGCAUUAACUGUAAUUUUGUACGAAGAGUGACUGUCCAUUGGUUUAAUAGAACGUUAGCUAUUGUAAUAAUUUAUUGGCUGUCAGUAAUGUAUUUAUUAGUUACAAAAUGUUAAUAAAGUGCCAGCUCUUUUCUAGUGUGA